AAUCAAGCUAACAUGGCGUUAACACGGCUGCUGCUAAUUUUUGUUCUAACGUUCAAUAUCUGCAAAGGCGAUCUCGAUGGGAAGCUGUUGGACGAAACGGAUGAUACGGAUAUGGAGGUAGAAUCAUCACACGCAAACCGCAAUCUGCCGAUACAGAAUGCCAUUCUGGCGCAUCCCCGGAGACACGCAAAGUCCAAAAGACGCAUGAGACGGAGGUACAAGUGCUAUUCGUGUGAACCACCGGACUGCGUUGACACGAAGAUCCAUGAGCACUACUGCCAGAACGCGGUGCAGUGCUGGAAAUCACGGACCCGCGACCCGGAAGGGAACGAAAAUGUGCAACGAGGCUGCACCACCGAACACGAUCAGUUGCCACUGUACUGCAACCAGAACCAGAAGGGCAACAGUGGUGGUCCCAAGAAACGUCAUGUGACCGCGGCCGGGAUGUACAAUAUAGAGUGUUGCGUCGGUGAUUACUGUAACGAUGGAUCGUUUCCAGAGCUACCGCCGAUGAAGGUGACUAAUAGCGAUGAUUCCGAUGAUGACCCUUUGGUGGCCAAAAUGGUGGCAGCUGUGCUGCUACCAUUCGUAACGGUACUAGUAUUGGCCGCUUCGUUCUUCUACUGUAUACGCCGGCGGCACCAGAAGCGCAUGAACGCGAGCCGCACCAAGUACGAUCCGGAAACGUACUACACCAACGAUGACGUCCUACGGGCCACCAGUGCCGGCGAUAGUACGCUGCGAGAAUACCUACAACACUCGGUAACGUCCGGGUCGGGCAGUGGAUUGCCGCUGCUCAUACAGCGCACACUCGCCAAGCAGGUUUCACUGUGCGAAUGCAUCGGUCGCGGCCGGUACGGUGAGGUAUGGCGUGGCAUAUGGCACGGCGAAAGUGUGGCCGUGAAAAUAUUCUUCAGCCGCGAUGAAGACUCUUGGAAGAGGGAAACAGAAAUUUACGGCACCGUUCUGCUUCGGCACGAGAACAUUCUGGGCUACGUUGGGUCCGACAUGACGUCGCGAAACUCCUGCACCCAACUGUGGCUCAUUACGCACUACUACCCUCAAGGAUCGCUGUACGACUAUCUGAAUCGUACGGCCAUCACGACGCACCAGAUGAUCACCGUUUGUCUUUCCAUCUCGAACGGUUUGGUACAUCUGCACACGGAAAUUUUCGGAACUGAGGGUAAACCGGCCAUUGCGCAUCGGGAUCUGAAGACGAAGAACAUUCUGAUUCGAGCCAACGGGACGUGCGUGAUUGCUGACUUUGGAUUGGCCGUGAUGCACAGUCAGACGACGAACAAGAUCGAUAUCGGUAACACGGCCCGAGUCGGGACGAAGCGCUACAUGGCACCGGAGGUGCUCGAUGAAAGCAUCAACAUGGAGUGUUUCGAUGCACUGCGGAAGGCCGACAUCUACGCGAUCGGGCUCAUCCUGUGGGAAGUUUGUCGGCGCACCAUUUCCUGCGGUAUCGCCGAAGAGUACAAGGUCCCGUACUACGAUUACGUUUCAUCGGAUCCGAGUUUCGAGGAGAUGCGCAAGGUUGUGUGUGUCGAUAAUUAUCGGCCGUCCGUGCCGAACCGAUGGACCUCCGAUCCGAUUCUAAAUGGCAUGUCCAAGCUGAUGCGCGAAUGUUGGCACACGAACCCCAACGUACGGCUGCCAGCGUUGCGUAUCAAAAAGACUCUGCUGAAGCUGGCCAGUUCGGAUGAGACGAUUAAAAUAACCCCAGACGGUGAUUUUAUCGUGUGAUGGCCGAACCGAAGUUUGGCCUGCCGAAGUGUCGAAGCUCUAGCAUAGAAACCGCGCAUUGCGACCCUAUGAUGUAGAUAGUGAUUCCAACCACUAGAUCCGUUAAUCACGAGCACGGCCGGCCGGCGCCGGGUGGUCCAGGUCUCUUGUGUCUGGUAGUGUUUGGUGUAGUGCAGCCCAUUUUAUUUGGACCGCAAGCCGUGCGAAACCAUUGGCCUUUCCCAUUUAGUUAAAAUGUAGGAAUGGGACGCAUAACGGCAAGAGAGACCUUGCCGUGCCAUCCGCACGGACGUAUUUAAAACAUUAAUUUAACUUGCCAAAGUGCCAUUAAGCAAGUGACUGCUCCCUUCGUUUGCGUUUGGGGCGACUGUAAAUAGGUAACUUCUCAUAUGAAAUUAGUUUUUUUAUUACUGGAAACUAAAGCUACUAAAGACUACGUAUCCCUCUUUUAUUUUGUAGAGCAUGAGUAUAUUUGUAAGGUCAGAUGUGUGAC